GUAAAAACAAAAUUAAAAUAUCAGCAUUAGAUCGUAAGGAUUUUGUUAUUAAUCGACUUCUCAUUAUUCUUAAUCUUGCUGGUACGAAGAUAAUUUAUGGUUUAUAUAAUCGAUACCUUUCUAGCAGAACUGCAAAAGUUAUUUCAGAUUUGAAAUUAUUAUUUAUG